AUAGUUCGGGGAGGCGGUGAUGAAGAGGAGGAGCAGCUGGUGUCGGUUCAGACUGUCGCAACGUUUUCUGCCCUUUGUCUCAGAUGAAAAGUUCUGAUGGACAAACUGUGACCGCAUCAAACCGGAUUUAAACCGUUUUUAAAUUGGAUUAAAGGCGCAGGAACAGAGACAGCCGAACCCGGAGAAGGACGCGGAGCGAAGCAGAGGUGUCCGGACUCCAGGUCUGGUUUCUGGGAGUUUGGAUCAGAAUCCGGGUCAUGCGUCUGUAGAACCGACUUUGUGGAAACUUUUGUCCCCAUGGAGAUGGGAGUUCUUCCCGCUCUAAGGACUUGAUCACACAGUAUUGAUUACCUGUAUUGAUUGCAUAUUGAUCAGCAGUAUGGCCGCGCUCCUCCUGCUACUGCUGGGGCUUUGGACCUGCGGUCACGCCAAGGGCGCGUUCCCGCUGCGACCCUCCUACAGCUUGUACGCCGGCGGACACGCGCACGGGGCUCGCGCCGCCAGUAGGCACAGGAACUGGUGUGCAUAUGUCGUCACAAAGACGGUGAGCUGUGUAGUCGAGGACGGAAUUGAAACCUAUGUGAAGCCAGACUAUCAUCCGUGCAGCUGGGGGAGCGGACAGUGCAGCAGGGUGGUGGUCUAUAGGACUUACAUGAGACCACGGUACAAAGUGGCCUACAAAAUGGUGACAGAGAUGGAGUGGAAGUGUUGCCAUGGUUACAGCGGAGAAGACUGCGCCGACAGUGGAGCGGGCACCCACAUAUCUACUACCAGACCUCAGCCUGGACAUGGAGGGGGCACAAGCCAUGGUCAGGAAGGCGGCGGUGCUGGAUCAGGACAGAGCGGAGGACACAAUGCACGAGUUGAGAAUGAAAAGAUGAGGCAGCUGGAGGAGAAGAUCCAGGGUCUGACCAAGAACCUCCAGGACCUACAGUCCACCCUGAACACCAUGAAUGAGCACUUCCAGCAUGGACAAGCUCCGUCCUCAGGAGGAAGAAACCCUGCAGAUGCAGCUCAACCAGAGAUUAAGGAGACAAUUCAUAGCAUUCAAACCAAACUGGACCAACUGGACAACCGCACACAGGCUCAUGAUAAAACCCUGGUCAACAUCAAUAACCACCUGGUGAAUGGCAAAGGUAACGAGAUGGAAGGAGGUCUAUCUGGAGGAGAGCUGAGUGGAGAGAGACUGAAUCAGCUGAAGGAGGAGAUCCUGAGGGAGUUGGAAAGGAGAGUGUCACUGUCCUGCUCCUCGUGCCAGGCUGGGGUGGAGGAUCUACGCAGACAGCAGCAGGAGGACCGAGAGAAGAUCCAAGCUUUGGAGAAACAACUAAACAUCAUGGACAUUCGGUAUCAGCAGAGCCUGGAUGAACUGCAGCAGCACGGGGUGCAUUUGCAAAGAUGCUGCAACACUGUCAAUGACCUCCAAAAUCGCAUGACUGAUGCUGAACGCAAGAUCAGCUCAACCUCAGAGAACUUUGAUGAUUUGCAAAACCGUCUGAACAAGGAGCUCAGCGGAGGAGGUGGCAGCAGCAACAAAGAGAGUGGUGGGUCCAGAGAAGGAAGUCUUGAUGUUGGCGGUGGAAUCAAUGGAGGGGAAGGAGUGGUGACACAGGAUAAGCUGGACAGUUGGCUGAAGGACCUGGAGCGGCGGGUCAACAACACGGUGCAACGAACUGAGCAAAGCUGCACAUACCUGGAAAAUGACCUGAAAGACUACUUCCACAGAGAACUGGGGGACCUAAGGACUGUGUUCCUGGACCGGUUUGAUGACCAGGCCUUCAGGAUAGCAGACGUGGAGCUGGACUUGGGGCUGGUGAAGGACAAGGUGAGCGACCACGUCACAAGGCUGUCAAAGCUGGAAAACAACACCUCCCUCUUGAAUGAGAGGCUUGAAGAGUGCACCUGUGGAAGGUCUGAAGCAGGAGGAAGAGAAGAGGACCGAGGAAAUGAAGGAGGAAAGUGGGGAGCAUCAGGAGCGGGAAAUACAGAAGGAGGAAACAAGGGAGGUGCAGGGGGUGGAUUGUUUGGGGCAGGAGGAGUAAGAGACAAUACAACAGAGAAAUCACUGGAGUGGAGAGUUGUGGCUAAUGAGGAUCAGAUUCGACACUUUAAUACUCGACUCAAAGAUCUGUCGGUGUCCGGAGACUCUCUGUACGACAAGGUUUUGGACCUGAGCCAUGAUGUCCGUAACAUUAAAGCUCUGACCGGUGACCACAGCGAACAUUUUAACCGCAUUGUGACAGAGGUGGAGCUGCUGGGGCAGGACUGCGAGCUGUGCGGGAAGGUAGAGGAUGAGCUGCAGAGGCUGAAGAAUCAUUCCCAGAAUGCACUGGGGCGCAUGCAGAGCCACAUCAACAGACUGGACAAAGAGAAAGACAGCUGUUUCCAGAUUUGUUCACACCUGCAGGAUGAAGUCCACCUGCUGCAAGAUGAUGUCAGGAGGUGCACUGGCCAAUGUAAGACCAGUGCGGACACACCCACAGUAGGUGGUGGUUCUUCUGGCACUGGCAGUAGUGGUGGUACCAGUGGACGUGGACCCGCGUUAGAUGCUGAGAAGCCUUUAGAUGGCCACAGUGUGAUUGGAGGCUCCAUCAACAACAACCAGCUGAAGACGCUGCAGGGUGAACUAUCUGAAGUCAUCCUUAGCUUCAGCUUCAUCAAUGACACGCUGAAAGGGCUCGAAGACACGGUACAGAAACAUGGCAGCGUCAUCACUGACCUUGGAAACACCAAGGACAUCUCUGAGCUGGAUAAAAUGCAGCAGGAGGUCACAGAGCACACUGAAAAGAGCCAGGACAGCCUGGAUGGGAUGGGCCGGGAUAUCCGGCGGUUUGAGAACAUGGUAAUGGUGGAGAUGGGAGACUGUAAGAGGUCUGGAGAUGGUCUGGAGAAGAGGCUCUCAAAGCUGGAGGGGGUUUGUGGGAGGCUGGACAGUGUCUCAAACUCCAUCCACAAGAUAAAGGAAGGACUGAAUCAACAUGUGUCCAGUUUGUGGACAUGUGUUUCUGGUCUGAAUGACUCGGUCAUCCAUCAUAGAGGAAUUCUGGACAUUAUGCAGAGGAACCAGGAUGAGGUCACCAGCAGGAUGAAAAACAUGAACUCAAGCCUGAACCAGGUCCUCAAAGACCUUCAAACUUUUUCAGAACGUGGCUUGACUGGGCUCCCUGGACCUCCAGGACCCCCAGGAGAGAGAGGCUUCAAUGGGCUGCCGGGUCCCCAGGGGCCCCCUGGGCGGCAAGGGGAAAGUGGAGCACCAGGUCCACCUGGUCCUAAAGGUGAACGAGGUCUGCCUGGUGUUGAUGUUCAUAUACCCAGGCUGUCAUUCUCUGCUGCCCUCACUGUCCCCAUGGAGAGAGCUGGAACCAUCACCUUUGACAAGAUCUUUGUUAAUGAUGGAAACCACUACGACCCUCGAACAGGUGUUUUCACCGCCCCUGUAAAUGGACGUUACUUCUUCAGUGCCAUUUUGACAGGUCAUAAGAAUGAGAAGAUCGAGGCAGUUCUGUCCAAAUCUAACUAUGGCAUGGCUCGGGUGGACUCAGGAGGCUACCAGCCUGAAGGCCUGGAGAACAACCCUGUGGCUGAGGCCAAAACCACUCCAGGCUCCCUGGCUGUCUUCAACAUCAUCCUGCCUCUGCAGAAUCGGGACACGGUGUGCAUCGACCUGGUGAUGGGCAAACUGGCCCACUCUGUGGAGCCCCUCACCAUCUUCAGUGGUAUGCUGCUGUAUGAAGACAUGUGACAGGUUCAAUCUGCUCUCUGAAAAAUAAGGCCAGAGAACCUGAACAAUGCUGUUUAAUUCAUGACAAGCCCACCGGAGGCGGCAACAUAAAGUGUGGUGUCACUUACUCAUUCAGGAGUGAUUCAGAAGUCAUGACAAAAUAUUUUAAACGAACCUUCAUUCUCCAUGUUCUUCACAGGAAUCUGACUGGUUUUAUGUAAUGAUUCUAUAGAGUCUCUAUGUGAUUUUACAUGUGGAUGACAGCAGGAGUCGAUUUACUCUCUGACUGCUGCUAAUCCAAACUGCAGUUCUUGUAUGGUCAUAUGAUCUGACCUCAGAGCAGCACUGUGAGGAUGGACUGUAAACCAGGAUCAGCUAAGACCUGUCAGACCUGAUUCCUGUUGCUGUUCAGGAUGUUUAAACAACUUUCUAGAAGCACAUGAAGUGCUAUGGUGAAAACUUAUAAUGUUAAAGGUCUGUAGUGGUGUUAGUGUUCCCUGCAGGCUACAGACUUAGUACAUCCACAAUAUGACAAAACAAUAACUUGAUCUAUUGAUUAUCAACAGGAGAGUGUGGCUAAAGAUGUGAAAUGUAUUUUGUGGAUACACGAAUGAUUAUGUAGUCAUUAACAACUGAAAGGUUUCAUCCUGUGAACAGUAGUAACAAGAUCAGGAUAUUACUUGAACAUCUGAUGAUUAGUGGAUGCUAACAUCUGUGUCUUGUUGCUCAGGUGUUUAGAUAUCUUUCAGCUGUUGAAGAGCUGAUUGGUUAAUGUUUAGCAUUAUCUGAUAGUGAUGAUCUGACUGAUAGAUACUGAGAUAUGUGACUGCUGACCAAAGUGUUGGACAUACAGAUGGACGUUCAUCUAUAUCCUCAAGUGUGUCUUUAAACAUGGUGAAAAAGAGAAGAAAGGUGUUUUCUCUGAAGGUGUAUUAAAGCAGGGUGUGUUUUCUGUUGGAUUUUAUCUUUUAGAUGGCUUCACAUUUUGAUUUUAUUAAGCUGCACCAUUCCCUGUUUUAUUUGUGUUUUUAUGUGAAUUUGAGUAUUUAAGCUAUUAUCACAAAAUCUCACUUUUAUAGAUACAUGUUAAUGGAGAAACUAUAAAUACCAUCAACAAAUGCCAUUAAAUAGCAGUGGUGGAAGAGUCAUCCAGAUCCCUUUCUUCAAAUGUAGCAAUAUCAUAGUGUAGAAAGUGCUACCAGGAAAAGUCCUGCAUUGUAAAAGUUGUUUAAAUGAUAAAGAUGCUGUGUCCUAUGAGUUGUAACAGGCUGAGCUGGAGGUUUUCUAUGGGUGCCCUUUUAAAUGCAGUUAGCAUCUAA